UGACAACGGAGGCGCGUUCACGAGUUCGCCACCGGCUGCUCCUGCGCUGAGAGAGAGAGAGAGAGAGAGAGAGAGAGAGAGCAUCAUCAAAACAGUUGCAUAGACUGCCCGCAUAUCGAAAGAGGACGUAAAGAGGUUAAAUUUGGAAAAACAAACCAUAACAAAAAACAAGAGAAAAUAGAGGAGCCUUCUUACCAAAGAGCUAAACGGAAGGGACGGAAAUCCAUCCUUGCAUAGUAGUAGCAGGAGCAGCAUCGGGGAUUUUCCGAGCGGUUGCCCGGUGCUCCACACACCCUGUGCCUUUGAAUCAGCAGCGGAGGAGGAGGGGAGCACCAGAGAGGAAGGAGGACCAUGGAGGGGAUGCAGGCAUACGGAGCAGGGAAAGCCGGAGGAGCCUUCGACCCUGUCACCUUCUUCCAGCAACCUCAGACCAUUCUCCGCAUUGUGUCUUGGCUCUUCUCCAUCGUGAUCUUUGGCUGCAUCGCCAAUGAGGGUUACAUCAACCGCCCCAAUGAAGUAGAGGAAUACUGCAUCUUCAACCGCAACCAGAACGCCUGUAACUAUGGCGUCUUUAUGGGCUCCAUGGCCUUCCUCUGCUGCUUGGCCUUCCUGGCUUUGGACGUCUACUUCCCCCAGAUCAGCAGCGUCAAAGACCGUAAGAAGGCGGUGCUGGCUGAUGUCGGGUUAUCAGCUUUCUGGUCCUUCAUGUGGUUUGUGGGAUUCUGUUUCCUGGCAAACCAGUGGCAGGUGACCAAGCACGAGGACAACCCGCUGAGGGAGGGAGGGGACGCUGCGCGGGCGGCCAUCACCUUCUCUUUCUUCUCCAUCUUCACCUGGGCAGGUCAGUCCUUCUUGGCCUUCCAGAGGUACAAGCUGGGGGCCGACUCAGCCCUCUUCUCCCAGGAGUACACAGACCCCAGCCAGGAUGCAGCCGGAGCCCCUUACACCUCCUUUGGCGGGGACGACGUAGAGAGCCCAGGAGGAGGAGGGGGCCAGCCCAACAGCGAAGGGGCCUUUGACGGGAGCAGCGGCUAUCAGCGUCAGGAUUACUGAUUUGUUGAUGGGGGUGUGUCGGGUGAAGUUGCCCAUAGUUUCAAAUUGAGUGAAGGUUUGAAGAGCUUCUAAAUCACUGGGUUAAUUUAUGGCACCAACACAUACCAAUUAAUUUAAAUGUCUCGAUAGACACAACCAUCAUAAAGGCUGACUUUGUAAGUUUGUGGGAUAAUAUUAUGGCAGAAUAAUUGGCAACAAUUCAAAUAAUAUAAAAAAUAAAUAAUAUUGUUUAUAGAGUUCACCAUGACUAAAAACAAACAAUGACUCGAAAGCAGGCCUCUCAGGUUUUCUGGGUUCUUGUAAACUUUUGGAAGAGGACUGUGUGGGUGUAUAUGACACUGCUCCAUUAAAUUUAACCCUCAAACUGUCAGAAAUAUAUCCCUAGUUGCACAUGAAAUGUGCAGAUGGCGUUCAAAACUUCAAAGGAUACACAACUCUCAUAAGGAACAAAUGUUUAAAGGUGUAGCAAAUGUAUAGUUUGCAACUGUUUCAGGUUAGGUGAAUAACCAAAAUGACACUGCAUCAGAACAGUAAAUAUUUUGGGUCACUUUCUAUCAUGGAUACAGUAUUGUGUUGGUGCUUUAUUUAACCUUAUCGGGUCAAUUCUCAGCAAGUGCUUUUUUCUUGUGAAUCUGCAGCAGCUGUUCUAUUUGGGAAAGGUUAGCUGAUAUGCCUGUGUCAUUUCAGUUGGCAAGCUGACUUUCAUUCUUUAUGCAGUUUAAUUCGCUGAUUUUUUCUCUAUCACAGAAAUGUUGGGCAACUUUUCCAGUUGUGGGAUGAUAAGGUAACAGCUAGGUUUAGGAAAAUAUGUCCGUAAGCUACAAGUUUGCAGGGAAAUAACUGCAAAGGUUCAGGAAAUCCAUGGACGGGGGGUUGUGGGAUUUUAAAAAGACACUGUAUGGUUUGAGCUGUAAAACAAAAACACGAUUUAGAGGUCAAGGGGGUUGCAGAAAUGGUCACUCUGUAGCUGAUCAAUGCUCGUGACUGCAUUGCCUUCAUCUUCUGACGUCUGCUGUCUGUCAGCAAAAUGACUAUGAUCAGUGUUAAUUGAAACACACAUACACACGCUACAAGUUACAAGACAUUCACAAGUUAUCAAUUUUAAAAAGACAAGACAAGUUUUUUGCUGACUUAACUAUUCAGAGGUGCAAUACAGGAUCUCAACAUAAGCAAACAAGCAACAGCAGCAUAUCUGGCAACUAAACCCCUCAACUUUAACAAGUGUGUGUGUGUGUGUGUGUGUGUGUGUGUGUGUGUGUGUGUGUGUGUGUGUGUGUGUGUGUGUGUGUGUGUGUGUGUGUGUGUGUGUGUGCGCGCGCGCGCUGAAGGGUCUCCUUUAGAUUUGAAUGAUGCGUGGAUGUGGGACAAUUUAGGUUGUCUCGUUUCCCUGGAUAAGCCACUUUUACUUUCCUCGAUUGUUGCCUUAGUGCUGACUGCCAAGCGAAAUCCAAUGAACACAAACCCAACAACAUGCACACAAUCAUAAGUCGUUUUCACACAUGCGCUCCUCCUGAAAAGAGCUAGAGAAUUUCAGGAGGACUGCUCCUAUCUUCUCUUUUAUUGCCUGAAGAGCAGAAGCAAUACCUACUAAAUUUUGUAUUGCUUCUGUUCUUUAGGAUGUAAAAACAUUGAACAAAACGAGCAUUUUUCAUACUUAAAGAACGUCCAAAAUGUCAGUUUCCUGUCAACAGUCUUUUGAACUCAACUUCCUACACAAAGAACAGCAGGUUAUUUAUCUUUUCACUGUAUUUCAACAAAUCUACAGAUGAGGCAACCAUGAACAUCCUGAAUAUUUAUGAUCAUGCAUUGCUCCAUUUUCUUGAAGAAUAAAGUAUAUCUAUCUCUCUAUAAAUAUAUGUAAAUCUAUAAUUCAGUAUAUUAGAGUGUUUGGAGAAAAGAUUAUGCUUUAUUUUAGGGCAUUAUGCUAGUUCUGUAUAAAAAAAGAAAAGACAUAAGAAAGAAGAUCUAUGUUCUGUUGGGUGUUAUAGUGAUAAGAUAUACAGUGAGGUCGUCUAUGCCUCCGUAUGUUGCUUUCAGGUAACGGAGAUGUUUUUAUUUUGGGAUAAUAAUACUAACUUUAAAAAAAAAAUAAAGCAACAAAAAAUGUGACCAAAUUAUCAAAGUGUAUAUGCACAUAUAUACUUUAUACUGUAAUACAGUGUAGUCGUAGAAAUGUGUGACGUUCCUUUGUGAAAUCUGUUUAAAUAAAGUAAGGUCAGAUUUAAGAAAAAGAUUGUGUACAAAUGUAUGUUUUUGAUGUGUUUGAUUUUAACCAAUUAAAAUAAAGAAAUUCCCAAAAGUA